AUGGCUCUCUCUCUCUCUCUCUCUCUCUCUCUCUCAAUCUAUCAUUAUCUCAUAUUUCUCUCUUUUUCUAUAAGUUUUAUCUGCAGGUUCAUUUUUCUCUCUUUUUCUAUUUUUCAUUCGCUUUCAUUUCUCUCUCUCUCUCUCUCUCUCUCUCUCUCUCUCUCUGUUUUAUUUCCCUUAUUACUCAUAAUCUCUUUGUCACUCACUAUAUAUCUUCCAUGUUUUUCUCUCGCUUUCUUUCAUUUCUCUCUUUCCUCUCUUUCUUUUCUUGCUUUCUCCUUUUUUCCCCCGUCUCUCUUUUUCAUGCUUCUCUCUUUCUAUCAUUCUUCUAUCUUUCUUUUAUUACACUCGCUUGCAUUAGCUUAUCACUUUCAGUUUAUUUUUCUCUCUAAUUUCAGAAUUAAUUUCAUUUCUCGCCCCGUCUUUCUCGUUCUCUUUGUAAUUUCAUUCUCUUUCAUUGUUUCUCUCUUUGUCUUUUUUCUCUCUUCCCUAUCUUUCUUCAGUUUCAGUCGUUCUCCUUCAUUUUUCUCCUUUGCUUUUAGUCAUUUCUUUCUCAUCUCUUUUUAUUUCAUUUUCCCUCUCUUUCAAUUCAUUUAUCUCUCUGUUUUUUUUUCUUGUAUUAUCUUCAUCGUUUCCCUCUCUUUCUUUCUUUAA